AUUCUACCAGAUAUUGUGUUUUGAAAAUGAAGAUAUUAAAGUUUCAUUCUUCAGAGUGUGCUGACGUGCAGACUUACGAGGCUCCUGAGGAUCAGCAGGAUGUGUUUGCUAAAAGAGCAUGCCCCGCCUUCCUGACCUUCACCAAUGCUGCCUACCCAGCUGGAGUCACUGUAGAGCUGCCCUGCCACUGCAAACCACAGCAGGUCAAAUCAGUUGUCUGGUUCUUUAAGAAACAUUUGGAUAGCUCUGAGGAGACCAGAGCCUUGACCGAUCACCAUGGUAAUAAGCUGCUGGACACCAGUCAGGUCCCUCACAGUGGUGACCUGCGGAGUCGAUUUUCUAUCCGUCUCUUCAGCUUGUUGAUCUUCAGGGUGGGGCCCGAUGACACUGGCAUCUAUAUCUGUGGCUCUGCCCAUAAAGAUUUCUUCUAUGGUUUUGACCUGGACAUUCAGGAGGUGCACACACUCAGCUUCACUCCAAGGCUCACCCCAAAAAAUCUGAGCAAGAAGUGGGAGAGAAAAAAACUUGGCUCCGCUCGGUCACCAUAUCAGAUCUUCACCAGCUUCCAGCCCUGGUCACUGUGUGAUCGCUGUGGAGUACCAGGGGAACAGGUCCGUGUUGGACUCUGCUACAUCAAUUCCCCUUUCCUGCAUAUACGCUACAGACAGGCCAAUCAGACAGCUGUUUCAUGUGGCUCUGGGGCAGUGCCCAGGGCUUUUGGUCCUCUAAAACUAAGCAGCGUCGGAGCUAAGUUGGAGGUCACAGGCUGUCAAGUGGCUUGUCCAGCUCAGGCCCCUCCCUCCUCCAAACUCCUUGCUUUAAUGACAUUUCUUGGGUACAGUUGCAGUUCUGCCUCUAAGCCAGUGAAGGUGCCAGUGUUCUAUGUGAACCACCAAGCGGACAGUGUUCUGGCCCUAGCUUGCCCUGGGGCACGACCUAACAUGGCUGUGGCUUGGGACAAAGGAUCUGAGCCCAUCUACCGAUCUGAGCACUCGGCAGGUGGUAACCUCAGCGCCACAUCCCCACGACUGGUGAUAGAUCCCGGACACCACCUGCUGUUUAAACCUGCAAAAACUCAGGACUCAGGUAUCUACUACUGUUGGCUGCAGUGUCGCCAGGCUGCUGAGAUACACCUGUUGGUCUACGCACAUUUGGGGUGGGGCCAGUCAGUGACUUCACAUCCAGACUUUCUGACAGCAGUCAAGACCGUGUUAAAAUCAUAUGCAGCCAUGACGGCUAUGUUUGGCCUGUUUGUGUUUGGCAGAGCUGGAGUCAGACACUUCAGAGACAACACAGGAACACAUGUGGAUUAA